AUGUUAGGAAGACUACGUAUGUCUGUCGAUCAAGCUAUAAAUAAUUUUGUCGACUACGCCGAUAUCGUUUUUAGGCAUCCUCGACAGCUCCACGCACUCAUCCCGGGAGCCAAGUAUUCAUCCGCCAAGGCUCGCGAGGCACUUAUAAAGAUCAUCGCUAAUAGCAAAGACGUGGUGGAUCAAAACAGCCUAGAAAACUAUCCACCCGUGGAUAUCGCUCAAAUUGAACCCUUUAUCGUUUCCACAAAGAACGGGCGGCGUGCGCGAACAACCAAAGACUUGAUUGAGUACACAUGGAAAGACUUCACCGUUCCUGGUAGCAAGACACAACCAAGCGACGCAGCCACGAUCUUAGAAGUUACAUGUGCCACGUGUGCCAACCCAAACUAUUUUGACGCAGAAGAGAUCUUAGGCACGGAAUACUGUGAUGGAGCAUUAUUGCCGACGAAUCCUGGACAGAGAGCCGUUGAUGAAAUCUUCGAUUUACACGGAAUGGCUCCUAUAGUUCUUGUCAACCUCUGGACAGGAGUGCAGAGCUCGGCUCCGAUAACUAUUGAUAUGGGCCGAAAGUUGCGUGGCUUUCUCCAGAGCUAUAAUCCUAAAGAGGUGGAUGAACAAAGGGACCGCUUUCCUGAGAAGGGUUCCAAUGAGGGGAACCUUCCUUUUUCACAUCUAAAAGUUCAAGAACACACACUCGAUGCUGGAGGACGUCUGAAUGAAAUUCCCUACGACGAUUGGAGUACAGCGACGCGAGAAGAGAUCACAUAUAUCACCAACAUGUACCUCGACCGAACGGAAGUAAAAGAAAGGAUUGAUAGUAUUGCCAGAGAAGCCGUUCGGAUUCGUCGUGCACGGGUAAGGACAGAACGUUGGAGGGAUUUUAUAGCCCCUUCAGGCUAA